AUGGACACUAACGUCACUUUUGUAAAAUGGGUUAGAGGUUUAGUAAAUCUCCAGGUAUUAGGAUUGGGUGGAAUUGAUCUAUCAGACGCCACGUCUUCUUCAAAAGAUAAUUUUGGCAAACAUAUUUCAUAUCUUUGGAAUCUUACGGAUCUCGAUAUCUCUGAUUGCAACAUAGCUGGCCCAUAUUUCCCGAUCCAUGAGUUUCACAAUCUUUCCCAUCUAUCAUCUCUUAGAAUGAACGGCAACAAUUCUUCGAUCCCAUUACAGCUGGCUAAUCUAACUUCACUUUCUGUUCUUGACAUGUCAUCUUGUUUAUAUUUACAUGGUUCCAUUCCUUAUAUUCCUCAACUGAAAGAGCUUGAUGUGAGUGGUAAUACAAAUUUUGAUCCUGGUCAACUAACUAAAAUGUUUGAACUACCAUGGCCUAAUCUAGAAACUCUUGAUAUAUCAGGAAUUCAAUUAACCUGCAGGCGCUGUUCCAUAUCAAAUGCGCCAAAUUUAGUCAGUCUUUCUGCCUCAGGGUGUUCAAUUCAAGGAUCAUUACCUUCUUCAAUCUACAAUCUUUCUCGGUUGCAGCAUCUAAACCUAUUUGAGAACAAUAUUACAGAUUCUAUCCAUUCUUCGAUCUCCAAUCUAAAAGACCUAAACUUUCUCGAUUUAUCGUCUAAUAAUUUCCAAGGAACCAUACCAAAAUCAAUUUGUGAGAUUUCAUCUCUUCGAUUCCUUCGUUUGUCUUAUAAUAAUAUAAUAGGAACCAUACCAAGUUGCAUCACAAACCUCCGAAAUCUUAGUGUCUUUGAUGUUUCCAGAAACUCAAUUACAGGAAAUGUUUCCUUCAUCUCUUUGAUCAAUGAACUAAACCAGCUGACUUUCUUGGAUCUAAGUUACAAUGAAUUAACAGUAGUUAUAGAUCAACACCACCUAUAUCCAUCUAAAUUCAAACUAGAGCAUCUAAACUUGCGAUCAUGCAACAUCCAAGGAUUUAUCCUUUCUUCCAUUUGUAAUUUUACCCAUUUGAAGUAUCUGGAGAUUUCUUAUGCUAACCUCACGGGAACAAUCCCAUCUUGCAUCUCCAAACUCCAAAAACUCUAUCGCUUGGAUUUGUCCAACAACAGACUUCAUGGUUCUCUGCCUCUUCUACCUCCAGGUGUCGAUUUUCUUGAUUUAUCCUACAAUAAACUUGGUGGUGAAAUGUCAAUAGAAAUUGGACAAAGUCUGUCUCGUGUUUACGGCUAUAAUCUACAACACAAUCAACUUUCAGGCUCAAUUCCUUCUUCAUUAUGUUCACAAAAACUUGGAAUGUCAUACACCAGACAGAUUAACCUCUCCAACAACAAAUUAUCCGGGAUUAUACCUACCAGUACAGGAAGCUGCCGUGAUCUUCAUUAUCUAAACCUCGCCAACAACAAUCUCAUCGGAAAUGUUCCGAAUCAGCUUAAACACACAAAUCUGGAAUCCCUUUUGUUAAACGGCAAUAAUCUGGAUGAUUCAAAUGGGUCCAUUCCUGAAGAUAUUUUCCAUUCGCCAUGGCUUCAAAUAUUGGACUUAUCGUCAAAUCAUUUCUCUGGAAAAGUUCCUUCACAGCUAGGAUAUUUGAAGUCCUUUACAAGUAGAAUUUCCAUAUUCCAGACUAUAUAUAAUGGGGAUUAUCAAUUGGCUAUCAAAGGCGGCACCACAGUCCAACUUGAUAACAGUUAUCUCCGUACAAGAAUUGAUUUAUCUUGUAAUAUUCUUGGUGGAAACAUUCCAGAAGAUAUAGGAUUAUUGCAAGGACUUGGUGUGCUUAAUUUGUCACAUAAUCAUCUCUCGAGCAAUAUCCCGGCGAGUGUCGGGAAUAUGUCUAGUCUAGAGUCUUUGGAUUUAAGUUCCAACAGACUGUCUGGACGUAUCCCACAAUCUUUGGCAUUGAUUGACUCCCUUGGUUUUCUAAACCUAUCUCAUAAUAAUUUAAGCGGUAAGAUUCCGAUGAACAAUCAUUUUGAUACACUGAGUUUGGAUGGUUCUGCUUUUGCCGGGAAUGAUUUACAGUGUGGAUUCCCUUUGAAUAAAGAUUGCGACGGUGACAAUAAUAUUAGUACUCGUAGUACUAAUCCUUCAAGUAAAGCCAGUGAAAACGAUCGAGAGGAUAGAAUAGAGACGUUGUUGUUAUAUGCUAUUGAUGCCAUGGGGUUUUCAGUUGGAUUUUGGGGUUUGUUCUUUGUUUUGCUUAUAAAAAAAAAAAGAAAUGGUGGUUUCCAUAUUGGAGAACUAUAA